CGGGGGCUCGGAAGCGGAAGAGACGGGCCGAGGGCGGAGGGAAAAUGGCGGCGGCCGCGGCGGCCCCUCAGGACGAGCUGGUCUCGUCGGUGACGCUCUACCGGCGGCGGCCGCGCCUCCUCCGCGCCACCGUCCUGCCCUUCGCCGCCGGGCUCUACCCGGCGUGGCUGUGGCUGUGGGGGCCGCGGCUGUGGGGGGCGCAGGGGGGGGAGCAGCAGGGGGAGGAGGAGGAGCGGGGGGGGCCCCCCGAGGCGGCGCUGCUGGCGCUCGGCGCCAUCGCGGCGCUGCAGCUGCUCACGGCGCUGGCGGGGCUCUGGUCCGUGCACGCCCAGUGCGCGCUCACCUGCGUCAGGGAGCCGUGUCCCAAAAAAGCCACCUUGGCCAAAGUGGUGCCGACCCCCAACAACGGCUCCGCGGAGCUGGUGCCGCUGCACCGGGAUCAGGGCGAGGACGGGGAGGAGGCCCUUUCCUUCGAAUUCCAGAAAAUCAAAUAUUCCUACGAAACCAACGGGAAGAAACAAUUCCUGCCCGUGGCCUUCCCGGUGGAGUAUCCCCUGAGCUACUACCAGAAUUCCAGAGGCUACCAGGAGGACAAGGAGAUCCGGGCGGCAGAGAAGAAAUAUGGCACAAAUAAGGCUGAGAUGGUGGUGCCAGAAUUCUUGGAAUUGUUCAAGGAAAGAGCCACAGCUCCCUUCUUUGUCUUCCAGGUGUUCUGCGUGGGGCUGUGGUGCCUGGACGAGUACUGGUACUACAGUGUCUUCACCCUGUCCAUGCUCGUGGCCUUCGAGGCCUCUCUGGUGCAGCAGCAGCUGCGGAACAUGUCGGAGAUCCGCAAGAUGGGCAACAAGCCCUACAUGAUCCAGGUGUACAGGAACCGCAAGUGGCGGCCGAUCUCCAGCGACGAGAUCAUCCCGGGGGACAUCGUGUCCAUCGGCCGUUCCCCCCAGGACAAUCUGGUGCCCUGUGAUGUUCUCCUGCUCCGGGGUCGCUGCAUCGUGGACGAGGCGAUGCUGACGGGGGAGUCCGUGCCACAGAUGAAGGAGCCGGUGGAGGAGCUGAGCCCGGAGCACGUGCUGGACAUGGAGGGGGAUUCGCGGCUCCACGUGAUCUUCGGGGGCACGCGGGUGGUGCAGCACAUCCCGCCCCAAAAGGCCUCCUCGGGGCUCAAACCCGUGGAUAACGGAUGCGUCGCCUACGCCCUGAGGACGGGAUUCAACACCUCCCAGGGAAAGCUGCUCCGGACGAUCCUGUUUGGGGUGAAGAGGGUGACGGCCAAUAACCUGGAGACCUUCAUCUUCAUCCUCUUCCUCCUCGUCUUCGCCGUCGCCGCCGCCGCCUACGUCUGGAUCGAGGGUACCAAGGACCCCCGUCGGAACCAGUACCGGCUGUUCCUGGAAUGUGCCCUGAUCCUGACGUCCGUGGUGCCCCCGGAGCUGCCCAUCGAGCUCUCCCUGGCUGUCAACACCUCCCUCAUCGCCCUGGCCAAGCUCUACGUUUACUGCACGGAGCCUUUCCGGAUCCCCUUUGCCGGGAAGGUCCAAGUUUGUUGCUUCGACAAAACCGGGACCUUGACCAGCGACCACCUGGUGGUGCGGGGGGUGGCCGGGCUCAGGGAAGGGAAGGAGGUGACUCCCGUGUCCGACAUUCCCGUGGAAACACACCGGGCCAUCGCCACCUGCCACUCCCUGGUGCAGCUGGAGGACGGGACGCUGGUGGGGGACCCUCUGGAAAAGGCCAUGCUCCUGGCCGUGGACUGGACCCUCACCAAAGAUGAGAAAGUUUUCCCAAGGAGUCUAAAAACUCCGGGGAUGAAAAUUCACCAGCGCUUUCAUUUCUCCAGUGCCCUGAAGCGGAUGUCGGUCCUGGCCUCCUACGAGCGCGGCCCCGGCGCCUCCCCCGCCUUCGUCGCCGCCGUCAAGGGCGCGCCCGAGACCCUGCGGCCCAUGUUAUCCCAAUGUCCCAGCAACUACCACGCCGUGCACCGGGACAUCUCCCACGAGGGCGCUCGGGUCCUGGCCCUGGGCUACAAGGAGCUGGGACCCCUCACCCACCAGCAGGUGCGGGAGAUGAAGAGGGAGACCUUGGAAUGUGACCUGAGGUUCGUGGGGUUCAUCGUGGUCUCAUGUCCCCUCAAGGCCGACUCCAAAUCCGUCAUCAGGGAGAUCCAGAACGCUUCCCACCACGUGGUGAUGAUCACCGGGGACAACCCCCUGACCGCCUGCCACGUGGCCAGGGAGCUGCACUUCCUGCAGAAGGAAAAGACCCUCAUCCUGCAGCCUCCAGCUUCCAAAGGCUCCCCCUGGCAGUGGGAAUCGCGGGACGGGGCCGUGGUGCUCCCGGCGUUCCCGGAAUCCCAGCGGGAGCUGACGGAGCCCUUCGACCUGUGCGUGACCGGGGAGGGGCUGGAGCACCUCCGGAGCGGGAACCGGGAGCGGCUGCUCCGGCUCAUCCCGCACAUCCGCGUCUUCGCCAGGGUCGUGCCCAAGCAGAAGGAAUUCGUGAUCACCACCCUGAAGAGCCUCGGCUUCUCCACCCUCAUGUGCGGGGACGGCACCAACGACGUGGGGGCCCUGAAACACGCGGAUGUGGGAGUGGCCCUGCUGGCGAACGCUCCCGAGAGGAUUCCCGAGCGGAAGAAGCGGCCCCGGGACGGCCCCGGGGACGGCAGAGCCGGAAUUCCGGGGGCAGGAGUCGGGAAUGUGAAGCCCACGUCGCGGGGAGCCAAGCACAGGGUCCUGUCCCAGCGGGAGGAGCAGCUGGCCAUCCACAGGGAGCGGCUCAGCCAAGUGCUGAAGGACCUGGAGGAGGAACGAGCCCCGGUGGUGAAACUGGGAGACGCCAGCAUUGCAGCCCCCUUCACCUCCAAACUCUCCUCCAUCCAGUGCAUCUGCCACGUGAUCAAGCAGGGCCGCUGCACGCUGGUGACGACGCUGCAGAUGUUCAAGAUCCUGGCACUGAACGCCCUCAUCCUGGCCUACAGCCAGAGCGUCCUCUACCUCGAGGGCGUCAAGUUCAGCGACUUCCAGGCCACGCUCCAGGGGCUGCUCCUGGCCGGCUGCUUCCUCUUCAUCUCCCGCUCCAAGCCUUUGAAGACCCUUUCCAAGGAGAGGCCCCUUCCCAACAUCUUCAACCUGUACACGGUGCUGACGGUGCUGCUGCAGUUCCUCGUGCACUUCCUGAGCCUCGUCUUCCUCUACCGGGGGGCCCAGGCCCGGAGCGGGCCCAGGGAGGAGGAAUUUGUGGAUCUGAGCAAGGAAUUCGAGCCGAGCCUGGUGAACAGCACCGUGUACAUCCUGUCCAUGGCCAUGCAGAUGGUCACCUUCGCCAUCAACUACAAGGCUGUGUCCCCGCAGUUCAAGCUGGUGAUCUCCCAGGUCCUCCUGGCCGACUUCCUGCUCGCCUUGUCCGUGGAUCGGAUCCUGCAGUUCCUGCUGGGGAGCUCCAAGCUCCAAGUGCCUUCCUGAGGGGAAUUCCCGGCUCCGGAGCCGUGUCCUGCCAUCCCAACCCCAGCGUUCCCGGCGUUCCCGGCGGGGAUUUUCCGCCCCCAAAUCCACCUCUGGGAAAGGAAACGGCCGCAGUUCUGAGGUGGUUUUUUUUUCCAGGAUGUGCCGGGAAAUUUUUUCGGGGAAGGGGGAGGGAUGUGGGGGAAGUUUUCAAGGAAAAUCCUCGAAUUUUCAUGGAAAAUCCACAAAUUUUCAAGGAAAUACCUUAAAUUUUCAUGGAAAAAAUCCUCAAAUUUUCAAGGAGACCCCUCAAAUUUAAAGGAAAACCCUCAAAUCUCCAGGAAAAACCUUUGGGGAAUUUGGGAACUAAAAACCCAGAUCGGGGUGUUUUGAAAAGUGUUUGGGGCUGGAAAAUUCCAUGGAAAACCUGGGAAUAAACCAGCCCCGGAGUGAGGUGGGAAAGGACAUCCCAAAAUCCUGGGAACACCUCGGAAAAGGUGAUUUGGGGGCUAAAAGUCCGGGAUAAACCCUCCCCAGGUGCCGCCCUGUGUUCCCAAUCCAUGGCAGGAAUCCUUGGAUAGGCAGAGAAACAGGUUUAUUUCCUCCUGGAGCAGCUCCAAGGCUCUGGAAUUCCCUUUGGAAUGUCGCCUGGAAGGGCUCAGGUGCCCGGGGGCAGCCGAGCCGCCGCCGUCCUUUCCACCACAAAUCCAUAAUUGUACUGGGAACACGGGAAAAAACGGGAAUGAGAACCCUUGGGAAUGUUCCCAGCACUCCCCCAGCAUUCCCGGUAUUCCCAGAAUUCCAGGGGUGUCACCUCCUGCUCGAUGUCAGCGAGGGAUUUCACCGUCAGGUCGGCCAGAAUCGGCU